AUGCAGCGCUCAGCUUUCCUCAUACUGUCGUUUUUGAGCGUCUUUGCCUUUGCCUGGCCCUACGAUAAACCACUCGCUAAAUACAAUCUCAACGAAAACAAAUCCGCCGAAAGCCCCAUCGAUUAUUGGGGAGCAUGGCCGGACCAUGAUUAUCACCCGUCGCCAGAUAACUGGCGCAUGCCUACAUAUACAAUCUUUUUGGACCGUAUAGCCAACGGCGACCCGACCAAUGACGAUAUCAACGGGACCGCCUUUGAGCAUGUGGUCAACUCCAAUCAGAUGCGCCAUGGAGGUGAUUUGGAGGGGUUGAUAGAUACGUUGGACUACAUCCAGGGAAUGGGAUUCAAGGUCAUCUACUUCGCCGGAACGUACUUGAUGAACUUGCCCUGGGCCUACGAUGGGUACUCGCCGGUCGAUACCACCCUCCUUGACAUGCAUUAUGGAACACUGGAUGACUGGAGGCGGGCCGUGGAGGAGAUUCACAAACGGGAGAUGUAUGUCUUGGUGGAUAACACACUGGCAACAAUGAGCAACCUCAUCGGAUUCAAAGGCCAUCUGAACGAUUCCGCCGAUUUCAAAGCAUCUGAAUAUGAAGUCCAAUGGGUAACCGACCGAGAAUAUGCCGAUUUCAAAUUCGGUAACGACUAUAACGAAUCUUGCAGCUAUCCCAAGUUCUGGGAUGAGACUGGAUAUCCAUUAACCACCUCGGGCGUCCAAAAUUUGAAGGGUUGCUAUAACAGCGAUUUCGAUCAAUACGGAGAGCUUGAGGCAUUCGGUAAUUUCCCCGACUGGCAGCGUCAACUUACCAAGUUCGCCUCUGUGCAGGAUCGUCUACGUGAAUGGCACAAGCCGGUCCGCGAUGUGAUCACUCAACAUUCCUGCCUCCAAAUCGCGAGUCUAGAUAUCGACGGUUUCCGCUUCGAUAAGUCUGUGCAAUCGACCCUCGAGCCCCUGAGUGAGAUGAUGGCCGUCUACCGUGAAUGCGCGCAGGCACUCGGCAAGAAAAAUUUCUUCCUCCCCGGCGAGAUCACUUCCGGCGACAGCUUUGGCAGUCUCUACCUCGGCCGCGGCCGCCAACCAAAUCAGCGCACGGCCAAUGCAGGCGCGGGCAUCAAGAUCACGAACAGCUCCGACGGGGCUUUCCUGAGAGACGACGGGCUGCAAGCUUUGGAUGCCUCCGCAUUUCACUAUACCAUUUACCGUUCGAUGACCCGUUUCCUAGGCAUGGACGGUAACCUGGUUGCUGGCUUUGAUUUGCCUACCGAUUUCAUCGAAGCCUGGAAUGAGAUGCUUAUCACUAACGAUUUCCUCAACGCAUUCACAGGAGAAGUGGAUCCGAGGCAUAUGUAUGGUGUCUCGAACCAGGAUAAUUUCCGCUGGCCAGCUCUCCAAAAUGGCACAGAUAAGUACCUCCUGGGUUUGUACAUCAUCACAUUGGAGCUGCCUGGAAUCCCUCUCAUCUUGUGGGGAGAAGAGCAGGAGAUGUACGUGUUUGACGCUACCGCAGCGAACUAUAUGUUCGGUCGGCAACCCAUGACGUACCAAACCGCGUGGUGGACACAAGGCUGCUUCAACUUGAACACCUCAAAGUUCUACGAUUUCCCCAUCGAAAAGGGUCGCGAUGGCUGCAAUGAUAUCACUGUCACGUACGACCAGCGGAAUCCCGCCCAUCCACUGCGUAACAUCAUGAAGCGCAUGUUCGAGAUCCGUGCGCAUUACCCGGUCGCCAUGGAUGGCUUGUACCUCGAAACACUCUCCGAACUGACAGAAGACAUCUACCUUCCUGGUUCUUCUACCACCCCCACGGUCACUGGCCUUUGGUCUGUCCUGCGAAGCUAUUUCCCUGCGGUACAAACAGACGCGAUCCUGGCCAACGAAACUCUAUGGCUUGUGUAUCAGAAUGGAAACUCAACCGUCACAUACGGGGGCAACUGCAGCGAUAAGAAUACGUCCUUAUUGGCUCCAUUCGACUCAGGGACAAAAUUGAAGAACCUCUUUUAUCCUUACGAUGAGCUCACCUUGCAGGAUGGCCCCGCCAAGGCAGACAACGUCAACCUCUAUGGAUGCGUCAGGAAAAUGGAGCUGCUUCCAUGGGAAUACCGGGCCUAUGUCAAGAGCUCCAACUUCGUCGAACCCGGCCCUACCGUCACCGAUUUCUAUCCCGGACAUGAUACUCGGUUGCUAUCUUCAGAAGACACGGGCGAAACCCUGCCCAUUCAGCUUGGAUAUUCCAAGGCAAUGGACUGUAGCAGCAUCACAGAAGCCAUUUAUCUAAAUUCUACAACAGAGAAAAACAUCACCGCCGUGCUUGAUACGGAUAGUGUCAAGUGCGCCAAUAUCUCUGCCAGGACCACCAGCCAUAACUUCACCGGCGAAAUCCCGACUGUUUGGACAUGGUCUGCAAACCUGAAGAACGUCCACCACGGAAUCCACCAACUGACUGUCCAAAAUGUUUCCACUUCCGGAGUUUACACCAAUGCGACCGACAAAUUCUUGAUCCGCCUCGGCGCUUCUGACAAUCCCCUGAUUUCUCCGCUUGCCAAUUACUCUACCAGCCUAGUGCAAAAGUCCAACGAUGACCUUUACAUCCAGCACAGAGCUGCCGGUGCGGACAUGUUCCGAUAUACGGCUGAUUUCGGCCUGAGCUGGACCGAUUGGACGACUUAUUCAGGUGGCAACACGACUAUUACCAUCCCAGCCUUCACAGGUACGGACGCCCAGAAGUGGGAGGGAACUCAUAUCCGGGUGCAGUACUUUUCGAGGCUCACUGGAAGCAGCGAUUACCUCCAGGAAGGUGAUUAUGCGAGCACCACAGUCCGAAGAUUCCCGCACAUUUGGUUCAACGGCCCAUAUAACCAAUAUGGCUAUGAUGCAGGAAUGGACAGCAAGAUGAAGUUCGAUUCCAAAACGUCUCGUUGGAUCUACGACUUCGUCUACGAAUGGCCAGCUGUGGGUCAGCUGAACGUUUGGGGCCAGGACAAGGAGGGCACUCCUGAUAAUACCGAGGUCUACGGUGACGUCGGCAACUCGUCUUCAGUUCAAAAGCUUCCACCGUCCUACCUCGCAUCCAACGUCAUCAACAUCACCAUUCUGCCACCGUUCCCGCAUCUUGGCUGGACCAUCUCCCUCAACGAUGGCAACCUAAGGUACGAACUGAUUCCCGUUGGAUCUGGAUGGGCCCAGUUGGUCCUCUUUAUUCUUUUCUGGGUUAUUCCGCUUGUUAUGGGCUGCGCCGGUGUUUUCAUCUUCAUCGGAAACUUCUACCGGGUCAAACUCAACCUGAAUGGCAAUGCCAUCAAGACCGAGAAGUUCCCGGUGGUGCUUUGGCGCAGAAUGAAGGGAACGUUUUCCAAAGAUAAUGUCGAGGAGAUCAAUAUGGCAGAAAAGGCCCCGCCAACAAUCAUGGGAAUGGCAGGCGCGAGCGAUCAACGACGCACUGUAUUGAUUGCCACUAUGGAGUAUGACAUUCAAGACUGGAAGAUCAAAGUCAAGAUUGGUGGCCUGGGAGUGAUGGCGCAGCUCAUGUCCCAAAAUCUAAAGCACCAGAAUCUCAUCUGGGUGGUCCCGUGUGUCGGCGAUAUUGACUACCCUGAGGAUACGCCUGUUGAACCUUUCGUGGUGACGAUCCUAGAUCAUCCCUACUCAGUCAAGGUCCAGUAUCACGUUGUCGAUAACAUCACCUAUGUCCUACUCGAUGCUCCGGUUUUCCGCCAGCAGACCAAGGCCGAGCCAUACCCUCCACGUAUGGAUGACCUUGACAGUGCAAUUUACUAUUCGGCCUGGAAUCAAUGUAUUGCAGAGGUAAUGCGGCGAACACCCUCGAUUGAUCUCUAUCACAUCAACGACUUCCACGGCUGCGUGGCACCGCUUUACCUGCUCCCGUCGCGAACUAUUCCAGUCUGUUUGUCUCUGCACAAUGCCGAGUUCCAAGGUCUUUGGGCUCUGAGGACCGCACAAGAGAAGAAAGAAGUCUGUGCUGUGUUCAAUCUCCCAGUAGAAGUGGCCACAAAAUACUGUCAGUUUGGCAGCGUUUUCAACCUGCUUCACACCGGUGCUAGCUAUUUGCGAUUCCAUCAACGCGGCUUUGGCGCAGUCGGUGUGUCCGAGAAAUACGGAAAGCGCUCAUGGGCCCGUUACCCAAUCUUCUGGAGUCUCGGCAAGAUUGGCAGUCUUCCCAAUCCAGAUCCCUCCGACACAGCCGCCCUGAAGAAAGACCCCGAUGUGCAAGUUACGGUUCAGUCUGCUGACGAGCACGCCAAUGACAAAACCCAGGCACAGAAGUGGGCUGGUCUGGACGAGGAUCCCAGCGCUGACUUGCUAGUAUUCGUCGGAAGAUGGUCUAAGCAGAAGGGAGUCGACUUGAUUGCGGAUGUUAUGCCAGCUGUCCUGUCUGCUAGACCUAAUGUCCAGCUGAUCUGCAUUGGUCCUAUUAUUGAUCUUUAUGUUCACAGUCCUCCCCCCUUCGUGUUCUCUGGUGCCGACUUCGCCCUGAUCCCGUCUCGCGACGAGCCCUUCGGAUUGAUUGCCGUUGAGUUUGGUCGUAAGGGUGCACUUGGAAUUGGUUCUCGCAUUGGUGGUUUAGGCCAGAUGCCUGGUUGGUGGUACACUGUGGAAUCCGACUCAGCCCGCCAUCUCUUGCACCAGUUGAGGACCGCCAUCAAGUCCGCUUUGGACUCAACACCGGAGACCCGAAAAGAGAUGCGCGAAAACUCUGCCAAGCAGCGAUUCCCCGUUCUCGAGUGGGUUCAGAAGCUCGAGGUCUUACAGCGGACAUCUAUUCAGAUCCAUCACCAAAAGAAUCAACUCACUGUUGCAGGCACGGCACGAGACACUCAGAUCUUCUGGGAGACGCCAGCGUUGCGAGACUCUGCACUGGUCACCCGCCCUUCAUCAUUCCAGUCAGCGACGGCUUUGGAUACGCCACCACUUGGCAGAGCACCACAGCCUUUCCAGCCUUCCCUUCUGCAGCUCCAGGCUGUUGAAGCUCAAGAAAUGCAAGUGGCUGAAAGCAACAGAGGUAGCAUGCUGGGUCGAAACCUGUCCCUUGGUCGACGAUCUGGACCAGGACAUGGCAGAAAGCGUCUCUUCAGGAAGUCGCAGCGUGGGAGUCAGUUCACCGAGCCCGCCGACGGUGAUACCACGGACGCCGACGAUGAUGGUACUGCCACACCACAGGAGAAACUCAUUUCUCAAGAAGAGGCCAUGGCAGCAGUUAAUUCACCUAUGGAGUUCGGCGCGCACCCCAGACACAGCAAUCAGUCUGGCGAGUCAAUCUCGUCGACCUCAGAGUCAAUGCGUUUCAUGUCGAGGGACCCCUCUCCAGUGAGACUGACUAGGGAUCUUUCUGAUUCGGCUGUACCCUUCGCUCACGCUCCGAAUAUGUCUGUCCUCUCCUUGCCUUCUGUUGUUAAUGACCAUGAUCAACCCAAUUUCCAUCUGCAAAAGGUCGACCCGACCUUUACGGACAGCAUGGGCUACUUCACGCGGCACUUUGAACAGCAGCUCACCAACCUCAACAAGAAAAACUCAAUUUCAGAUUAUUGUAUUGAGCUUUAUCUCAUGAAGAGUGAGCGGAAGUUCUUCUACAUGUACAGCGAUGCGCAGUUGAAGAAGCAGCCCAAAGAGCGACCCGUGACUGGAAGUGGCUCGGACAAGACUGACGAGCCUGCCCCGCCGUACAGCCUCGUCACAGAGGGUCACGAAGAGUCGAAUGAGAACAAUACAGAUGAAAUUGAUCUGUGGCUCUCUCGUCUGGGAUACAAGAGACCCAUUGCCAUCCAGCGCUUCAUGAGAUGGCGUGUCGGAAACUGGCCUGUCUAUGCUCUAUUCUUGGGUCUCGGACAGAUUAUCGCCACGAACUCUGCGCAGAUCACCCUGUUGGCUGGCCAGAUUGGUGAGACGGCAGUCAAGCUCUACGUGAUCGCGGCAAUCUACUGUGUCUCUUCCAUUGCCUGGUGGUUCCUCUUCUACCGCUUCCCGUCUGUGAUAGUCCUCUCUCUCCCCUGGUUCAUCUACUGCAUGGCAUUCAUCACCAUUGGCGUUUCUCCGUUCGCUCUCUCGGACCUCGGUCAAGCGUGGGCUCAGAAUGUCGCCGCAGGUACUUAUGCCGCAGCAUCUUCCAGUGGUUCCUUGUUCUUUGCUCUCAACUUUGGUGACCAAGGUGCCGUCCCUGUGAAGGAUUGGAUGUUCCGCGCCAGUAUGAUCCAAGGAAUCUCACAGCUCUACACUGUUGCCCUGUGGUACUGGAGUUCCAGAGUCACUUCAGCGGAAGUUGGAGGUGUUUCCACGGUUGCCUUGAAUUCCUGGAGACUCUCGGCUGUGGUGAUGCCCAUUGCCGCGGUUUGUUUCAUCAUCGGUAUGCUCCUUGCCCUUGGCUUGCCCAAGUACUAUCGCCAAGCACCCGGAAAGAUCCUCUUCUUCUACACCUCCCUCUUCCGCCGCCGAAUCGUCCUCUGGUUCUUCUUCAUGGUCAUCGUCCAGAACUGGUUCCUUUCCGCCGCGUUCGGUCGAAACUGGUCAUUCCUCUGGUCCUCUCAGCACACCAAACCAUGGUACAUUGUCCUCCUGGUCCUGUUUUUCUUUAUCAUCCUCUGGAUCGCUGUGAUGCUCCUCUUCCGCUUCUUAUCCAAGGAGCACAGUUGGAUCUUACCCGUCUUCGGCCUGAGUAUCGGUGCACCACGAUGGGCGCAAACAUGGUGGGGAACAUCCAACAUCGGCCACUACCUUCCAUGGGCUGGAGGUUUAACUUCCGGCGCCAUCGCAUCCCGGUGUGUUUGGCUCUGGCUCGGCGUUCUCGACGAGAUCCAACAAGUCGGAUUGGGAAUGAUUCUCCUGCAGACUCUGACACGAGUACACGUCGUUUUCGUCCUAUUGGCCGCGCAAUCUCUUGGAUCCAUCGCCACAAUUUGUGCUCGUGGAUUCGCGCCAAACAAGGUCGGCCCAGCAAGCAUCUCCCCCGCUGUUGGAUCGUCGCUGGACACAGUUGCCAAUGCGUGGUUCUGGAUUGCCCUUUUCUUCCAGCUUCUUGCUAGCUUUGGUUUCCUUCUCUUUUACCGCCGUGAACAGCUCAAUCGGCCAUAG